GCCCCGGCCUCCGUGACCGGCACUACCGCUGCCCCCCGCGCCAGAAACACUCUUACUGUGCCUUGUAAACACGGAGAAUACUUCUAUAAGGAGACUUUGAGAGUGUUACUGAACCAUGUUGAGCUUGAAGAUUGUGUUGUUGGUGGCGGUGUUGGUAGGCUGUGAGGCCUUCCCUGAUGGAGCGCCUAUUGAGGCCUGCAUCAGGGAAAUCCCUAAUAGACCUAAUCACCCGAACACCGAGCCUAGGUCUCUUGCGAGUUUUAAGCACUCCUUCACGGCCUCCGACGCUUACUAUGCUCCGGGGUCCAGAAUACAAGUGUUCAUCGAGGGUCCGGCGUUCAAGGGAUUCUUCAUCCAGGCCCGCGACGUCCAGCGGAAGGACUGGAUCGGCCACUUCGAAGAGAGCGACGACAUCGUCAGCUACCCGGAGUGUUCUUCGGUGACGCACGGCAACCCGCGCCCGAAGAGCAGGGUCGUGCUCACUUGGGUGGCGCCCUUGGACCGCUCUGGCACCGUCACCUUCACUGGCACCCUCCUCGAGUCCUACGGCUCCUACUGGUCUGAUUUAAUAGCUAACGUGGUCCCUGUGGUUGGUCACAGGCUGGGCUGACCUGGUUGUCUUCAAUCUCAAUCUUCAACCCCUAAUCUUUAACCACCCCAAUCUUCAACUGCACUCGCGUCCAAUCUUCCCCCCACCACCUACAUCUUUCUGACCACCAGCAAGUCAUCUCCUGCGCGCCUCAACGUCCGCCCUCACCGAGAAAGAAUGUUUCCGUAUUACAUCCGCCGAGCCACUGAGGAAUGGUUCUUGUAUAUCUAAGACGUCGGACUGGAUGUGUUAAGAUGGUGUACCAACUUCAAGAAACAUCACAACAAGCUUAUAAUGAUUGUGUUUGGAGCACGAAGAUCCUGUGCUGAGCUUGGAAGAGAAAAUGUCUAACAGAACUUAAUCAUCACUGUAUGUUGAAUAUUCAGUGACCAUUAGUGUAUAUCUUGAGACGUGUGUAUAGGUAUUUCUUGUGUAUAAAACUUAAACAACAUUCUCCAAGAUCCAAGAGUUUGGCAGUCACAGUCAAGGGUAUGAAUGCCGUCUCCAAAACGUUGUAGGCAGGUAGCAAUAGAGUGAGGAGUCAAGCGAGGCUUCCUUCAAUAACAUGCACACAACAAAAGGUUCUCGCUUGAUACCUCCAAAACACUACUACUGCUGCCAUGAAAUUAAUUUGGCUCAAAAAUUUAGAUAUUUUAGAUGUUCAGAAUUCAUUCCUAUUAUUUUUUUACUCGGUUUCAUACUUUAAACGUAUAUACAUAGUUCAAUGUAUACAUAAUUUCGACGCAUCUUCAGAAAACACAAACCUGAACAAUAUUUAAAGCUGUGUCACACUCUUUAAUCUAAGAAUUAUCUGUUAAUUAUCCGUGAAUUAUCACUGAAUUAUCCGUGAAUUAUCUCUGAAUUAUCCGUGAAUUAUCACUGAAUUAUCCGUGAAUUAUCUCUGAAUUAUCCGUGAAUUAUCUCUGAAUUAUCCGUGAAUUAUCACUGAAUUAUCCGUGAAUUAUCACUGAAUUAUCUGUGAAAUAUAUAUAGGAAGCUUUAAUAAAUUCUUGUAUCUAUGAAUAA